AUGAUACAUAGUAUAUACACAUCUUUUGUAGAUAACAAUUUUUCUGCAUUGAAAAUUAACUUCCGUGGUGUUGGAAAAUCCACUGGAACUUUCGAUAAGGGUAUAGGGGAGUUAACUGACGCCGCAAUAGCCAUUGAUUGGCUUCAAGAACACAACCCUAGUAAUGUUCCAAUUUGGAUCGUUGGUUUUUCCUUUGGAGCAUGGGUAGCUAUGCAACUGAUAAUGCGCAGACCUGAGAUAGUAGGCUUUAUUGCUUUUUUCCUUCCAGCAACAAAGUAUGAUUUCUCUUUUCUCUCCCCCUGUCCGGUUCCUGGGCUUAUCAUACAAAGCAGUAAUGACACAAUUUCAGAAGAAAGUGAUGUAACAGAAUUAGCAAACUCGUUUACCUCAAAAUUGACAUCCAAAUCAGCUGGCAACUUCUUCACUAUAUCGUGUAAAGUAUGUGCUGAAACUUUUACUUCUCCUUCUGUUGACACAUCUGCAGCAAGUGAAGCAAAUAUUGAAAUAUCAAGAUCAGUAGCCAUUAAUUUUAUGCUGCCAUGUUGUGCUUUAAUAUUUAUACACGCCAAGAUAUCUAUUGCAUUACGCCUUUCGACCACUCCACUUACUCUGGACAGCGUACUUAAAAGACUUGAAAGCAUAGCAAAACUGGAGGAGCAGCGUUCCUUUCUAGAAGAGGAAAAUAUAAGAAAAUUGAAUUUGGCAAGUGAGCUAGCAGCUUCUCUUGCUGCAUCAGUUCGUCUUGGCAUGGGCGACUUCAUUUUCUAUAGUUUGCUGGUAGAUAAAGCCUCCGCGACACGUAGUACAAUGUGCGUUGCUGACUCAAUGGCUGGCUGGCUGGCUGGCAUACUCACCCUGGCAGUACUGUCUAGCUACGAUGAACCCACUACAGCACUGUCUGUUCCGAUCGAUUACCAUCGCUGUACUGCUACAUUCCGGCAUUUAUCUGUUCGUCGAACCAUUCCAUAA